AUGCUGCUCUGGAGAAGAAAUGUCGUUGUUUCACACUAUUCUUUCGCGUCAGAGAAAGUCUUUCCGCUUGUGUACCUGCUCUUUGGGGUCGUUUUCAUCAUCACAGUUCCGAUUCUGAUGGUUUUCAACGAGUCCAAUGCCGAUGGAAAUCUGUAUUCGUCGAAUUCCGAAACGAAAAUUCUUAUCCCUGAAGUUAGACAUUCGAAAGAAGCCGUUCUUAUUCUCAAAACUGCAACAGAGACGAAGAUCUACUCUCCAGGAAACCCAAAUCUCGCCGACUCCACCGAAACGGCCCUCUGCUCCACCUCCAUCCUCCCCCGCUUCGAGGAUCGCUCCCAACUUUCCAUCAAAUUCUCCUGCUCGGUCUCGGACGUCAUCGGCUUCGAACUCUACUCCUACUUGGCCGUCAAGAUGAACGGUUUUUCCACCCACGAUUCUCAUUUUCUCGAUCAGCUGAUUUUCACCAGCGCCAAUUCCCCGCAAAUUUCUGCCGAAGCAACUGUUUCUUCAGAAAUUGGGUUGAAGCGAAUUUCGUCGAUUUAUGAUGAAUCAAGCGCGCUGCUGCCCGCAGAUGGGGAGAAUGUAUCGCCCGCCCUGAUGCCCUCCUUACAGACGGAUUUGUGGUCGCCAGACUUGGCCUUGCGCAAUCAUACAAGCAGGACCAUCAGAUUUGACGAGAUUCAUUCUAAUACCAGGUGGAGUACAGGUGAUACACAGUCUUUCACUCUGACAGUCAACUACGAAAUCCCGAUGGUCGUUGCUGAACGAAACGCGAAAGCCCUGACUUGGGUCAAAUACGGCUUCAUUCAAUUUUUCGCCUUCUUCCUUGCCUUGGCGUUCCUUUUCUCCGGACUGACCGAUCUGCUCUUUGAAUCUGGUGUUUUUGCGAAUUAUUCGAAGAUCGAAACGAUUAAACCGAAGAAAAAUUGA